AAAUGAGUGCAGCAUCCACGGUUUCCUAGCAACCAACGCUGAUAGAAUGGCGAAAUUUGUGCUCGCUGGCCGAACAGACUGUCCGCAUUACGCCAGAGCGGAACUAUUAGCAGACCGUCUGCAACGCUCUCUUCCAGACUUCCGGAUCCAGAAGAUCUCCAUUCUCCCACAUGAGUGGCAGGAAUGGCUGGAGUCCACCUGCAAUAGAAAUGGCUGGAAGCAUGAGGAGUCCCCUAUGGUUUGGAGGGAACUGGUGGACCAAGGGGGGAAAGGGAUGCUCUUAGGGGGAUUCAGUGACUUCCUAGAGCAUUGCCAGGACUACUACAGCGUCACAUCAGACAUGCCGGCGGAUUUCAUGCUAAAUGUUGCAGCAGAGAAUCUGGAAACCAUGAUGAAUCUUGUUGUCGAGGAGCAGCUUCGUGUCAGUCUCAUCAAACCCCUGCACAUAUGGAUCAGUAGUGCUCUAAACCCGACCAGCCACUUCCUGAUCCCCAACCUGCUCUCUGCCGAGGUGUUCCCCCAUGUUUCCGCAAUCAGCCUCCACCUACUGGACCUGGAGGGGAACGAGGAGGGAUUGCAGUGGCUGAGGAUAGAGACGGAGGACAUGGCACUCCGUCAGCUCCAUCAAGUGACUAUUCACACAGAUCUGGAACAGGCAUUCCAAGAAGCGGACGUCAUCCUGCUGCUGGAUGAGUGGCGGUCUGAUGACAGCGAUGAGGAGGAGAGGAAGAGGAAGGUCAAGGGAAUCUCAGACAGGUACAGAGAGUACGGACAACUGAUGGACACGAGGGCCAACAAGGAGGUGAAGGUCAUUGUGUCUGGUGACUCAUUUGUCAACCUGAAAUGCUCACUGCUUUUGGACAAUGCAUGCUCCAUUGGCAGCCACCAAUUUGUCACCAUGGCAACUCAGCUGGAGAAUGAAGCCAAGGCCAUCCUUGCAAAGGAGCUGAGAGUGAGGACUUCAGAGAUUACAAAUGUCAUUGUGUGGGGAAACAUCAGUGGUAGUUUCUACAUUGACCUGCAGUGUGCAACCGUUUUCAACUAUGAUGGGGCAAUCAAAGGACCAGCUUUCUUUUCCCAAAAAGCUCAAAAUAUUCUCCAUGACAGGAAGUGGUUGGAGACAGACUUCCAAGAGUUGGUACGUUGUCAGCGUGCAGCUGUGGUGUCGAAGUCCCUCCGAGCAGCUGCCAUGACGGCCGCCAAUGGGAUCCUCGCUGUCCUUAAGGCUUGGAAUGGCAUCUGUAGUCCGGAUGAGGUCUUCUCUAUGGGUGUACUCUGCCCAGGCGACUACAAUCUCCCAGAUGGCAUCGUCCUCUCACUCCCAGUAACCUUCACGGACGGUAAAUGGUCCGCGCUGCUCGACCUGACUGUUGGAGACGAGUUGAGGGAGAGACUUCAACUUUAUGCAAGUGAACUAAGGCAGGAAAAGGAGCUUGGAUAAGAAAAUGACAUGAUUGUUAUGAAUAAAGACAGUUGAGAUUUGUUAAAAUGAUCAAAAGAAAUAAUCCAGAUACAUCUCGGUGCCACAUCUCGUUUGUUUCAGUUUGCUCUUUUAUUCUCUUACUUUCACAUGUUAUGUUGCACUUUUAUUAUUUAUACCAGUUUAAUGACAAUAAAUCUCUUCCGCUUUGUGAAACU